GGACAAAACUUGGAGGGCACCCCAAUAAAUUAAAGAAAAAAGAAAAAACUUGGAGGACACCCCAUUCUCUGUUGGUAAAUAUCGUCUAUUAUUACCGCUCACUUGACUUAAACCGACCUUGAACCGCCAAAGCUUGAGAAAUCGACCAUGGCUGCUCGGAUGUUGCAGAGGCGCAUAGGCUCACUCUUCCCCAGCAAUCAGCAGCAGCACGCCAAACUCUUCAAAGAGCAAUUUGUUCCUUCUGUGAGUUCUGUACUCGGGAAAUAUGGAUUUGACAAAAGGGAUUUUCAGACGCAAACAAAUGCAACCAAUCUGGUUAAUGAGGGUUUGGCAGAUCAUGGAGAUGGCAGUUUGAAGCCUAAUUGUGACUCGAAUAACUCUCCGUCCCUCUCAAAUGCUAUCAACAGUUCUGAUGUCAAAUUUUCUGCUGCUGCCAACUUGAAAACAUCCCCAAGGCAUGACCUUGCCAUGCUUUUUACUUGCAAGGUCUGUGAAACAAGAUCUAUGAAGACGUGUAGUCGAGAAUCAUACGAGAGCGGUGUGGUGGUAGCGCGUUGUGGUGGGUGUGACAAUCUCCACCUGAUUGCUGAUCAUCUUGGGUACUUUGGAGCACCUGGAACCAUCGAGGACUUUCUGGCUGCCCGCGGGGAGGAGGUGAAAAAAGGUUCUGCUGAUACACUGAAUCUGACUGUUGAAGAUUUAGCUGGAAAGAAAGUUUGAAAUGAUUGAGCUUUAGCUAUUAUAAUGCAGCAUUCAUGUAAACAUUUUAAAGUUGUGUACAAAAGCUGAACCUUAGUUUGAUUUGGCAAUGUCAAGUUUCACUUAGAAAAGCC